AUGGGGGGUAAGAACGAUGAGGUCAAAGCAGGUGCCUCUGCUUCAGCACCGCCGGCCGUGCCCAGCGCAAGGACGGACGACUGGGAGGAAGUGAGGGAAGGUGAGGAGCAUACGAGUUACAGCACGGCAAGACGGUCUGCAAAGAGGGCACCGACGGAGGAGACGGCGGCCCGAGCAGAGGAGAGCGCUGCCGCCGCUGCCAAAGAAGCAAAGAGGCGGAAAAAGGCCGAGCAGAAGGAGUCGCGGCGGCGGCAGCAGCGGCAGCGACAGGCGGAGGAGGAGGCGCUGCUGGACGCCGUGUUGGCGCGCCGCGCCAAUGAGCAAGUCGUCCACUCCAGCAGCGACGGCGUGGGCAGUCCAGUCGCGGAGAAUCACCCUGGUGGUGCGUCGAUCCCGGCAGCAGCAUCUUUGUCAACAGGAGUGGGUCCGUCAGCGGGCGGCGCUGGUGAGACAUCAUUUCUUCAUCUCGUUAUGGCCUGCGACGUCAAUCACCUCGACACGCGUCUGGAGCGGAUUCGUUUGUUUGGCGCAGAGGCAGUCGAGGACGUCGGCGACGGGCGCACACCGCACCGCCGCGCUGACGGCCGCGUGCGGGACACCGGCAGCGUCUCUUUCUUCCCUGCGCAUCACAUGACGGUGAAAUUUGUCCACAGCGCCCUCGCAACGCCGAACCGCUAUCGCUGGAUCCCGUACAACUCACUCGGCAUUUUCCUCACCGUCGAAGAGGCCCACGAUGCGUGGGGCCAAGCGUGGAGUGACUACCUCCUCGUCUGCUCCUCCAACGCCUUUCAGCGCGCGCAGGCGUCGCUGGAGAAGUGCCAGGAGCGCAUGGGCAGCGUGCAAGACCUCGUCGACUGCCUUGCACGAAACCACGUCUACCACAUACCCACCCUACUGCAGUGCAUGUACGCCAUGGAGGCCACCGGGGAGAGCGCCUUUGCCAUGGAACUGCUGGAUGUGGCGCUGUACCAAGUCGGCGUUGUGCUGCGCCGCUUUGCGCUCUCCGGAACGUGGGAGUCGCGGCAGCUGCCGUGCCACCGCAGCGCCAACGCGCUCGUCUUUCAGGUCAUGCAGCGCGGCGUGCACGCGGCACUCAAGCGCGGCUGUCUCCACACCGCCUACGAGCGCACUCGCUGCCUCCUCUCUCUGGACCCGGAAGACCCGUGUGGCAUGCUGCUACUGCUCGACUACACCGCACUGCGAGCGAAGCGCUGGGUGUGGCUGCUGGAGCUGCGCCACCGUGCCCUUGCGGUGCGUGCGGCAAGCAGGCAGCUUCGCCGCGGCGUUGCCGCCGACUCCGAGGAAGCGGAGGUGAAGGAGGCGCUGGCAGCUGCGGGGCUGACGCUGCGUGACGCCACCCUCGCCGAAGACGUGCUUCGCCUUCCCAACUAUGCGUUUAGCUGGGCGCUGGCGCGGCACUUCAUUGAACGCGAAGAGGCGCGUCAGCGCUCUGACGAAGCGGGCGGCGGCGUGGGCCGGCCGUCGAAGGUGCUCCGUGGACUUACGAAUGCGCAGCGUGCCUCCUUGGCAGCCACCCCGUCCUCAGGGGCGCUGCUCUCCGCGGCGGUGCUGCGCUUUCCGAAAGCGGCGGUCCGCCUGGUGGACGCCCUCGGUGGUGUUGACCUGGUGUGUGGCGACGAGGGGUCAACUCCGUCGUCGUCGUCCCAGGUAAGCGUGUGGCAGCAGCUCAUGGGCCAGGCAAGCGGCCAGCUUAACAACGUCGAGGAGGCCGCCAUGCAGAGCCGCCUGGCGGAUUUGUUCGUGACCCGUCACGUGGAGCUGUGGAAGCUGAGCGAGUGCGUCCUGCUUCUUCGGCACGUCGUGCAGCAGAUAGUCUCCAAUCCCACCAAUCGCGUCGGUGCUGCAGACAGCGGUGAGGGCAGUGAGGAAAACCUCAACGAGACGUCUCUCACUCGUAGUGGUCAGUCACGCUACCGCAACGUCACGCGCGACUCCGUCAUGGGAGCGAGUGUGGUGCCGAUUCCUGCCGAUCUGCUCGAGCCCAACGCCGCGGAGUUGGCGAUGGCGCAGGAAGCCACCGCGCUCGGCCUAGAGGCUGGUGGAGACGGAACGCAGCCAGCCACCGUGGAGCGGCUCAUGCAGAUGUUGCGUGGCAACCUAGAGGCGUUUGGCGAGAACGCGUACGUGCGCAACAUGCUCGACGAGGUGCGCCGCGGGUUCCACGACCGCGUUGGGGGCAGCGCCCGCGAAGAGUCCGGAGACGAUGAGGCUGGCGGGGAGGCGCACGACUGGUACGACGUCGACGAGAGCGAAGACAUGGAGGCGCAGGAAUGGUACAGCGUCGCCAGCGGUGAGAGCGGGGACGCCCACCAACACGAGACGCCAGGCGAUGGUGAUGUGGAUGGCCACGCUGCGCGCCACUGA